AUGGAUGAUGAGAAAAUGUUGUCAGCAUUUCAUAGAGAUUUCGAAAUUUUAUCGUCCAAAGCUCGUAACGUUUUCUCUUUUAUUGAGCAACUUUGUGCCCCAAUCUGCGUUAUUACUUUCUCAGUGCUGAAAAUUUCCGGUGAUGAAUCUGACAGUGUUCAGCAUUCUACUUAUCGCGCUAUUCCAGCAACACUAUUUCGCACAAUGAAUCCAUAUAUGAAUUCGUUAAGAUCACCGGAUGUCAACAUUUUAUCAUCAUAUGCAGAUGAAAGAUCAUGGAAGCGAGCACUGGGACCACGUCCAUUGAGAUUUGGAUGA